UUAGGAAGAAGACGCUGUUGAUUCAUUCUUGAUGCAAGACAAACUCAUUGAAAAAUCAAGCGAGAACAAAAGACAACUCACAACCAGAAUGAACUUUUUGCUACAACCCCUAUCUCCACCUUUAAACUGAGAUUCUACACACAGUAAUCAAUCAAGUCAAAGAAAGAAUCAAUGGACGACAAGAAAAUAGUUGUUGUAGUUGAAGAUUUAGAAGUCGCAAGAACCGCUCUUUUAUGGGCUCUGCAUAAUCUUAUCCGCUAUGGCGAUGUCAUCACUCUCCUCCACGUCUUCCCUUCGAUGAAAACAAGAAGCAAGAAGAAGCUCCGGCUGCGCCGUUUGAAAGGGUUCCAGUUGGCGCUCUCCUUCAAAGAAAUUUGCAACAAGUACUCCUUCAACACAAAUGUUGAGAUUGUUGUUGCCGAAGGGGAUGAAAAUGGCUCCAGAAUCGCUUCCAUGGUGAGAGAAAUCGGUGCUUCGACGCUCGUUGUUGGUCUCCAUGAUCAGAGCUUUCUUUACAAGUUGGCUUUGGCCCACAACAAUAUAGCAAGCAACUUCAAUUGCAAAGUGCUAGCCAUCAGACAACCAGGAGUAGCAGUAGUACCAACACUAGACAGUUCAACAAACAUGGACUUUUCGGUGAUCGACAUCACUAGAUUACAAGUCCCUGAUAUGCCUUCUCCGAAAAUCCCAUAUCAAAUAUGUCCGAGCCCUUAUGCAAUUAUUUGGAGAUGCAAAAAACCGAGGAAGAGAACUUCUGGGUCUAGAGUCAAGAACAAGAAGUAAAUUAUUUGGUUUAGGUCCAUUUUUUUAGGCAUGGUUUGGUGUCUAGCUUUUUUUUUUGUUCUUUGUCUCACAUCACAUACAAAAGUUGUAUACAACAAAAAAGAGUAGUUGAUAGAUUUUUUCUGAUUUGAUUAUCUCAUUUUCUUUGUACACAAGUGAUUA